GCUCACUGCACGCUUCGAGCAGCUCCCGCACCCGCCAGCGCAUCAGCUCGACUCGCUUCAUCAUGGCCAAGCGCGCUCUCGUCACCAUCGGCUGCGACGUCGACAGCUGCGCCGGAUGGCUCGGCUCGUACCACGGCGAGGACAGCCCGAACGACAUCUCGCGAGGCGUGUUCGCCGCCGAGGUCGGCGUCCCUCGCCUCCUCAAGCUCUUCCGCAAGUACGGCAUCAAGGCGUCGUUCUUCAUUCCCGGGCACACGCUCGACUCGUUCCCCGACGAGAUGGCCGCCAUCGUCAAGGACGGUCACGAGGUCGGGCUUCACGGGUACAGCCACGAGAACCCGGUCGCAAUGACCAUCUCUCAGCAAAAGGAGAUCCUCGACCACACGUUCGAUCAGCUCACCAAGCUCGCCGGCAAGCCUCCAGUCGGGUCGGUCGCGCCGUGGUGGGAGUCGUCCAAGGAGGGCAUCGCUCUCCUGCAAGAGAAGGGGAUCCUCUACGAUCACUCGAGCCAGGCGCACGACUGCCUGCCGUUCUACACGCGCACCGAGGACACGUGGACCAAGAUCGACUACUCGGCCGACAGCGCCAAGUCGUGGAUGAAGCCGCUCGUCAAGGGCGAGCUCACGUCGCUCGUCACCAUUCCCGCCAACUGGUACCUCGACGACCUUCCGCCGCACAUGUUCAUCAAGAAGUCGCCCAACAGCCACGGCUUUGUCGAUGUGAGGACGACGGUUGACCUCUGGAAGCGGCACUUUACCUACUUCUACCGCGAGCACGACUGGCACGUUUUCCCCCUCACGAUCCAUCCCGAUACAUCUGGCCGCCCACACGUCCUCCUCGCCCUCGAAGAGUUCAUCGAGUGGCUCCAGACGCACGACGGCGUCGAGUUUGUCACGAUGGAGGCGGUCGCCAACGAGUUCCGCGAGAAGUUCCCGUACCCAGGCGAGCAGGCCAAGUACGUCAAGGAGGCGAGCAAGGAGGGCCAGCAGUAGAUAUGCGACGUGUAACAAUGAGCUGUCCUUGCAGG